AUGCACUUCUCGCGGUCAAUCACGGUCGUUGGCUGCCAUGCUGAAGGCGAGGUGGGCGACGUGAUCACUGGUGGCGUGCUAGAUGUGCCCGGUAAGACCAUGUUUGACAAGCUGGUCCACAUGGAGACCAAGAACGAUAGCCUGCGGCAGCUUCUUCUCAAUGAACCUCGGGGCCGCUCGUCGAUGAACACCAACUUGUUACUGCCCCCGUGUGAUCCACGUGCGGAUGCAGGCUUCCUCAUUAUGGAAAGCGAUGAUUAUGCGCCCAUGUCUGGAUCGAACAUCAUCUGCACCACAACGGUACUGUUGGAGACUGGGAUGCUGGCCAUGAAAGAGCCAUCCACCAAGGUAACUCUGGACACCGCCGCUGGAUUAGUCACUGUCACUGCAGAGUGCAAGGCGGGAAAAUGUCUCAGCGUGGAGUUCGAAAAUGUCCCUGCGUUUGUCUUGGAACUGGACUACCUUGUCAAUGUGCCAGGGAUCGGUCAAAUCUCGGUUGACAUUGCAUACGGGGGGAUGAUGUAUGUCCUAGUCGACGCCGCGUCUCUCGGAUUGAAGAUUGAUAACCAACAUGCUCGUCAACUUGUGGAGAUUGGAGAGAAGAUCAAACGCGCGACGGAAGCCGUCUACACACCCGUGCACCCCGAGAAUCCAGGCAUCAAGGGAUUCAGCGUGUUGGAGUUCACUGGGCCCGUUACGGAAGAGAAAGGUGCUAAAGUAGCCACUAAUGUUGUGAUUGUUUCGCCUGGGCGCUUCGACCGUAGUCCUUGUGGCUCAGGGACCUGUGCCCGGCUGGCAGUGAUGCACUGCAAGGGAGAAAUCGGGGUGGGCGAAGACUUCACGCAUCGCAGCAUUCUAGGAACUGAAUUCCACAGUCAGAUUCGAGGCACUACGACCGUUGGAAAACAUUCGGCUAUCCUGCCGACUGUGAAAGGUCGUGCAUGGAUAACAAGCUUUAAACAGAUUGUUCUGGACCCAAAUGAUCCGUUUCCAGAGGGAUUUCGAGUCGCGGAUCAGUGGCACAUGCCGCAUAACUGA